UAGUGUGUGGUGGCGGUGAUGUGAGCGUCAUGUCGGCCCAAGGGGUGGUGGAACGAGCCAGCGCCGAGUUGAGCAAACGCAUCAACGGUCUGGGGCUCAGGGGUAAACACCACCAGCGCAAUGGGAUCACCCAGCCGCCCACGGGGAAAACAUCAGUCAUGGAACGUGUCACCAAUGUGUUCUGCGGAGGAAACAACACCGUUCCCCCGGACAAACCUUCUAGGUUCAGGAAGAUGAAUGCGACUCCUCAACCAGUCAGGAAGAUCCUCCUUCCGGAGCCGCAGUCCUUCCAGGAUCUCCUGAUGGACGAUCGCUUCCUUACCAAGUUCUUCGGCUACUUUACCCCCCUGGAGCGACGGACUAUAGCGCAAGUGUGUGUGAAGUGGCGGGACUUGCUGUACCGUUCCCCCAGGUUCUGGGCCGGGUUGAUGCCGGUCGUGCGGUGUAGGGAGAUGCGCGACACCACGCACCAGGACCGCGCCAGGAUAUACGCGUCCCUCCUGCGACGAGGGUUCACCUCCCUGAGUCUCCUGGGGGCUACAGACGAGGACGCUCUGGACGUCGUCCACAACUUCCCAUUGGCUACCAAACACGUCCAUUCCCUCAGUCUGAGAUGCUCGAGUAUCAGCGACCGAGGACUGGAGGCGCUACUGGACCAUCUGCAGUCGCUGUUUGAACUGGAGCUGGCUGGUUGUAACGAGUUGACGGAGGCUGGCCUCUGGGCCUGUCUCACUCCCAGGAUAGUGUCCCUGACUCUGUCGGACUGUAUCAAUGUGGCGGAUGAGGCGGUUGGGGCGGUGGCGCAGCUGCUCCCCUCACUGUACGAGUUCUCCCUGCAGGCCUACCACGUCACGGACGCCGCGCUGGGCUUCUUCUCGCCCAAACAGAGCGCCUCUCUCAGCAUCCUGAGGCUACAGAGUUGCUGGGAAGUCACUAACCACGGCAUCGUCAAUAUUGUUCACUCUCUUCCCAACCUGACAGUGCUGAGUCUGUCUGGAUGCAGCAAGGUGACUGAUGACGGUGUAGAACUGAUAGCAGAGAACCUACAGAAGCUGAGGAGUCUAGACCUCUCCUGGUGUCCUAGGAUUACCGACGCUGCCCUAGAAUACAUCGCCUGCGAUCUCAAUAUGUUGGAGGAGCUUACACUAGACAGAUGUGUACACAUCACCGACAUCGGAGUUGGUUACAUCUCUACAAUGCUGUCUCUCACGGCUCUCUUCCUCAGAUGGUGCUCUCAAGUGAGAGACUUUGGAAUACAACAUCUCUGUGGCAUGAGGAACCUACAAGUGCUCUCCCUGGCAGGCUGUCCACUCCUGACGUCCAGUGGACUGUCUAGCCUCAUACAGCUGAGGCAUCUUCAGGAGCUGGAGCUGACCAACUGUCCAGGGGCGUCUAGAGAACUAUUUGAAUACAUCAGAGAACACCUGCCAAGAUGUCUCGUUGUGGAGUAAACAUUUCUCCGAUGAAAUUUUGAGUUUAAGAAAUUUGCAUCUUAUCUCAAAACUCGAUAUUAGGUUAAGGUAAAUAGAGUGAUGCUCAAUAGAAACAAGUAAAUGACGAUAAAAGAUAAUUAGGAGGAAAGUUUAAGAGUUUAAGUAGCAAUUUUGGAUUUCUGUCUGAGUGUCAAUUGUUGUCUUUUUUGGACCUGAUGAUUUUAAUAUUCAUCGUGAAAAUAUUCUGGAUUUGUAAGAUAAGAAUUGUGCUAAUUCUUUUAGAAAUCAGUUCACUUCAAAGUACAGUACUUAACCCUUUCCACUCUCUUGUCGACUGUGAGCCGACAUCGGCCGUUUCACAAUCAUAUCACAUGUCGGCUUCCAGAGAGAAAAAAAAUAUGUAUAAAAAAAGUUUUUUUCUUGAAUGUUAUUUUAUUUUUAAAAAGAGAUUCAAAAAGAUUAAGAAAAACUGGAAAUACUUUUGCGAUUAGAAAUUCACAACUUAUCCGGUUCUUAGGCGCGGACUAGCGCUAAUAUACCAAGCUCCCAAACCGCCUCUUAGACAUUUUUUAAUAAUGUUGGGGAAACUUGCUCUAUUCUUAUUUUUUUCAUGUCACUAAAUCUAAAUUUCAAGAAUUGAUAGAUUUUAUGAAUAGAAUUUUCAAAAUUGCUACUGAACGGAUAAAGAGCAUAUUCAGGUGAGCGAGUAAUGUUUGAGAUGUUUGUUCCACACAAGAAUCUGUGCGGCCAAUCACAAAGAAGAAAGAGUAUAUUUUUAAUAUCAUGGCAGCAAAGUGUUUUAAGUGUAAAUAAAAUUUAUGAACUGUGCCUGAGAGAGGUAUUGUGCAUAAUCUAUUUUUCGACUGUACAGACUAACUAUAAAAAUGACAGUUAUGAAAUUUGUGUCGAUGUUUUGAUCUCUUGAAUGUUACUGCUCAGAAUGUCCUUAGAUUUGUGGAAGAUGUAAAUAGAGGAAUGUGCUGUUAAUUAGUAAAUCGGUCCAUGAGUGUUGAAGUGUAUUUCUACUUAUCUCUUAAAAAGGACUAUACUUACUUUUUUCUGUGCUUGCAUGGGUUCGGGACAAGGCAAGUGGUUAACACUUAAUUUUGACAUCAAUUUAUCAUGUACAUCGCAUUUGGCUGUAAAUUAUUAAUCCUGACGCCUAUGUUUAAUGUUUGGUUACCAUUCGACUAGUCAUAUGCUUAUAGAGUAGUUAAAACUAAUAAUAAUUAAUCUUUGGUUACCGCUUUUGUUUAUACCAUGGGCUUACUGUGCAAUAGACCAAUUCAUAAGAAAAUGAGGCUUUUAUAAUUUAAUGAUACCUAUCAUUCUACAUUCCCACCAAAGUAAGCUUUAUGAGAUUGCAUUGUAUAAUAUACAUAAUAACAUACAUCAUAUUAUGAUGUAUGUUUCUGAAAAUCAUUAAUUUUUUUACUUAUACAGUACUUUUAAAAUUUUUUUCUUUAAAUGUUUGAUGAGAGCCAUUUCAGUUUAAGAAGAUCACGAUGUUUAAACAAGGCACAAAUGUAUAUAGAUAGAAAGUUGCAGAAAAGUAAGAAGUUGUAGUUGUUUGUGAUGAGUUUCGUAAUUGUUUAGACUCUAUGAAUCUAGGAAUAAGAAAUGUGAGAAUUUAAAAUCUGAUUAUUUUUAUCCCUUUGGGGUUUUUUUCAUAUUGUAUUAUUUAUUCAGUUAUCAAAUCUACACCCUCAGUGUGUAAGAUGUUUAUUGCCAAGAAUGGCACACAAGUUUACUUUGGCUGGAAGGAUAAAGGAUAAAGUGUUGAUAUUUUAUGAAGAAUUAGACCUAACGUUUACUGUUGUUGUAAAUAUGUUAAUCAUGAAAAUUUCUUCGUAAGACUGACACAUUUCUUGUUGAAGUUAUGAACUGUUGUUUUUAGCUAGGUAUAUCUGGCAAAAAUUGAAGUUUACUGGUAUCCUUUUUGUAUCUUAGUUCAAGCCUUGCAUUUAAUUUAAAAGUACUUUUGUUUCCUCUCUUUGAAAUAGACAAGCUUUGAAAACAUUCAACAUUUAAGAUAAAUUUAUUUGCACAGAAUAUUGUAAUGAAGCAUUAGUUAAGCACAGACUUAUCAUUGCAAUUUUAAUAUUGCUAACAAUUCAGCCUUUCAAAACCCAGAUUGCAAUUUAUUUAUUUUUUAAAUAUUAAUUUGUCUUGGGAUCUGUCUUUAAGAUGAUGCACGCAAAUUGUUCCUAUAAAUACACUAAAGUUAGAUUGUAAAUAACUAUCCAAAUCUCAUUACCUAGAGCAAUACUAUACAAUUGUUUUCUGAGUUGAUUUCUCUUUUAACAACUGAUCUUAUGAGUAUCAGCAUUCCAUAUAUUCUUAUUUCUCUACAGAAUCGUUGUAAAGUGUCUUUUAAUGAUGUGUUUUCCCGUUUGAUAAGCAUUUUUUUAUCUUAAUUUUUAUACGAACAUAUAUACUUUUGUGCAUAAGGGUUUGUUUUCAAGUUAUUUCAAAAACUAUAUUAGUACUUUUGAUUUUAUUUUUAAGUUUACCAUUGAAUAAUUCACCAUAGACCAAAUUUACCUUUCAUUUGAUGUUACUAACAAAAAACUGAAUUUAAAACAACUUAAUAAAUUUACAUUUGUAUGAUAUGUAACAUGUAAUCCAUUAGAUAUAAAUCCUUAAUCAAUCUCUUGAUUUCUUCCUUUAUAAUUUAAAAACUUAGUAUAAUGUUAUACUUCAUUGUUUUCUCUAUUCAGUAGCAAAUCAGUGACAAUAACUUAAAAAUUAUUUUUCCCAAAUAUGUACCAGAGUUGAUGUAGCAAUUAGCAAAUGAUGGCGAACUUAAACAAUCAAAGGUUAGUUAAAAAAGUCUAAUCAAUAAGAGAAUUCUAAAUACUUGAAUUAUUGUUGUUAGUAAGAUUAAUAAUUGAUUAAAAUUGAAAAUGAAACAAAUCGCUAUACCAAAAAAAUAUAGAGAUAAUGUUUUUGUUUAUCAUUUACCUGAAAUCCUAAAAAAAAAUCAAAAUAUCUUUUAUUUUAAAAUUAAAUUGAAUAAAAAUAUUUGGUGGAUUGUAUUUAAUUUGCAUAAGACACAAGUGAAUUUUUUCAUACUUUAUCAUGAUUACUUUGUAUUCUAUUUAUAUGGAAUUUUGAUAGUUUCAUUGUAUUGAAUGAUCGUUCUGUCGAAUGUAAAUUGUGUGUUGUUAAAUAGUUUGAUUGUUUGGUUGUUUCUUUAAAUGGCAGCUGUGAUGAUGUUCAUGUAAAUUUCUCUAGUCGCA